AUGGCUCUGCCGCCACGCAAGAUCCUGCUGGUUGUCACAACUGGUGGCUUUACUCAUGCAGCACCUGUCCUCGAUGUGGCAAAGGUCCUGGCUGACCGCGGUCACACGAUCGAGUUCGCCACGCUGAAUGGGCAGGGGCACUACAUCGCCAACUACCCCUUCGUAUCCAAGUUGCAUCUGCUCGGUGAGGGUCCAACUGAACAGCAAUAUGAGGAACACUACCUGCGAAUGCGUCGCUGGAACCCCGACUAUCCACUUGCCGGAGCAAUGCCGUCAAAGUACAUGUUCGAUUCAUUCUGGCCGGUCGCUUACCACGGGUUGAAGAAAAUCAUGGACGAUCCAGCCGACCGACCAGAUUUCAUCUUUGGCGACUUCUUUGUUGAUGCCAUCAAGGACAUGCACAUCCAGUAUAAAACCCCCAUAGCCAUGAUGUUCCCGCAAAUGCCGGCCCUCAUGUUCCCCUGUUCGUAUAUCCCAGGGGAAUCGGGGUUUCAGUUACCGGGAACUACAACUUCUGAGAAUGCGUCGAUGUGGCUCCGAAUAAAAAACGAGUUGGUUGUCGUUAUGGGACUUCCAACAAUACUGCCCUUUUUUAGAUGGACCAAAAAUAUGCGCCGUCAACACGGCGUCAAAUACUCAUUUCCCUCGCACAGCAAACCCGAUUACCUUGUUUUCAUCAACUCAUUUUUCGGCCUUGAGCCCCCUCGCGAUCUACCCCCGAUGGCUGCAGCCAUUGGUCCUAUACUCAGCGAUGAAUACGCGCUCCUAGAUGAGGCUUGUCGGAAGUUUCUUGUCGCACAUGAAAAUGUUAUAUAUGUCGCGUUAGGAACACAUGUAAUACUGUCCGGUAAUGACACCGCCAAAAUUAUAACCGGGGUGCUUCAGCUCCUAGACGACAAGGUCAUCGAUGGAGUGAUUUGGGCAGUUAGCAAGAAUGGUCGUCAGGACAUGGACCGCAAUCAUUGUUUCACAGACCGUCAAGGCACCGUCCACAAUUUGGGUGAUCUCCUCGACGGGAAAAAUCCCUCCUGGCUGUUCCCAUUCUUCGCGCCGCAACGAGCCGUGCUGGCUCACGAAUCUACAAAGCUCUUCUUUACCCAUGGAGGAGGCUCUAGUGCUAACGAGGGAGUGUAUCAUGGCAAGCGCAUGCUGACUAUGGGGGUAUUCUUCGACCAGGUUGCCAAUAUGGAACGACUAGUGCACGGAGGUGUGGCUGAGCCUCUGCACAAGUUUUACUUCACCCCCGACGAACUGUACACCAAAGCGCGGCGAGUGCUCGAAGACAAGGACGGAAAGUAUUCGCGAAACUCGCUUCGAAUGCAGCGCAUCGCGCACGUAGCAUCACGGCGGAAAUACCACGCCGCCGAUCUAAUCGAGGAAGUCCUUUAUGAUAACGAAUUACGGCUUCAAGACGGCCGCGAGCUGCGCCCCAUGCAUCUUCAAACAGCCGAUAUGCGAAUGCCAACGUAUAAAGCGCGGAACUGGGACCUGAAGGCUGCUACGAUACUUAGUAUGGGGGCUAUCGGUUGCUCAUUGGGACUGGUCGCGAAAUAUGCCUGGAGAAAUCGGACCAUUAUCCAGCAAGCGGUCAGCUCGGUACAGUCUCGAGCCUGA